AUGGGAGCUGUGAAACGAUACCCAUAUCCGAAACAAGUUUGGUCACCAGCUGGGGGUUGGUGGACUCGACCAUCAAAUUGGAAAAGUAAUACUGCUAUAUGUGCAGCUGGAAUAAUUGUCAUGACAGGAGUUAUUUGGAAGAUUUCUAGUGAUCAUGAGUAA